GGUUUAUACACAUUCCUUUGAAAAUCACACUUCUAUUUCUUUUAUUUCUUAAAGAUGUGAGCUUACAAGUCUGUUAAUAAUAGGCUAUUACAGAUAAACCCUGGAAGGGUAUAAUUGCAUCCUUUUUUGGCACCUUUAAAUCAAAUUAACUAGAUAGUGAGGAGAGAAAAAGAAAACACAUUUUUGCAAUGUAUCUGACUGGGUGAGAAGCAACUGCUGCUGCAUAAAGAGCUACGACCGGAAUCUGGGCUUUCCCACUCUGGUUUCAAAGGGGGGAAUUAUGGGUUGGUGGUCUGCCUCAUGUUAGGAGGACACCCCUCCAUCUGUUCACAGUGCAGCCUGGUUCCAAUUUAAAGCCCAGAUUUCAAUAGAAACCUCAAUUUCUUUCCCCAUUUAAAAUGCAAAAGCAAGGCUUCUGAAUCAUAGUGGCUCUGCUCCUGGAAUUCAGACCAAAUUCCCCCCAAAAUUCGUAAGCUAUUUGUUUGAAUACCUGCUCACUGUGAUGCACAAUGAGCAGCUUUGAGAAGAAAAAUUGAUAAUCUUCACGGAAGAGUAAUUUGAAUGAAAUUACACUUGACAGCCUGUCUCCAAGCAAACAAGAGCAGCGAGGGAGCCUUAGCUGAGCUCUGAGGACUUGCCCAAGCCACUGCUGUUGGAGCUGCCCAGGGGAAAAAAAUCACCAGUUUUUCCAACAUCUAAUUGAGCUUUUGAUUAAUUCCGUGUACCAGAUUCUCCUGAAGAAAGGUAGCCAUGGAAGAGAAUAUGGAAGAGGGACAGACACAAAAAGGGUGCUUUGAGUGCUGUAUUAAAUGCCUGGGAGGCAUUCCGUAUGCCUCUCUGAUUGCCACCAUCCUGCUCUAUGCCGGCGUGGCCCUGUUCUGUGGCUGUGGACAUGAAGCGCUUUCUGGAACUGUCAACAUUCUGCAAACCUAUUUUGAGAUGGCAAGAACUGCUGGAGACACUCUGGAUGUAUUUACCAUGAUUGACAUCUUCAAGUACGUGAUCUAUGGCAUUGCAGCUGCAUUCUUCGUGUAUGGCAUCUUGCUGAUGGUGGAAGGCUUCUUCACAACUGGAGCCAUCAAAGAUCUCUAUGGAGAUUUCAAAAUCACCACUUGCGGCAGAUGUGUGAGCGCCUGGUUUAUUAUGCUGACAUACCUUUUCAUGUUGGCCUGGCUGGGAGUGACGGCUUUCACCUCUCUGCCAGUUUACAUGUACUUCAAUCUGUGGACCAUCUGCAAAAACACUACGUUAGUAGAAGGAGCAAAUUUCUGCCUGGACCUUCGUCAGUUUGGGAUUGUGACAAUUGGAGAAGAAAAGAAAAUUUGCACUGUCUCUGAGAAUUUCUUGAGGAUGUGUGAAUCUAAUGAGCUGAACAUGACUUUCCACUUGUUUAUUGUGGCACUUGCUGGAGCUGGGGCAGCAGUCAUCGCUAUGGUGCACUACCUUAUGGUUCUGUCUGCCAACUGGGCCUACGUGAAAGAUGCCUGCCGGAUGCAGAAGUACGAGGACAUCAAGUCCAAGGAGGAGCAAGAACUUCACGACAUCCAUUCCACUCGCUCCAAAGAGCGGCUCAAUGCAUACACAUAAACACAUGGCUCUGGCCUUUGUACCAUUUAAUGCAUUGGUGUUUAACUAAGGGCCAUCCAACCAUCUAAUUUUGGGGAAAAAAAAAAAAAAAAGAGUGCUUCUCAUCAAUGAUGUGUAGGGUGACCUAUGAAUCACCUGAAUAUAAUUCUUUGUUGUCUAGCACUUAAUUUCCUAAUCUGUUAAAUUGGUUUUAUCCGAUCUCUUCUACAAGCUCCUAUCCAGCCUUUGUUUGUUUUGAAAUUUCUGAAACUCAUUUAACAGUUCUGUAAGAUCAAAAACACUAGCACUGUCAAUUGAUUUUGUUUUUUUAACCAAUUCCAUGUGUUAUACAUAACACCUUUUUCAUUAUUUCCUAUGCUUUGAAAUGAAAAUAGCUUUUUAUACUUUUUAGUUUUGAUUUCGGUAACUAGGUUAACUACAGGUAAUCUUCAAAGGGACCAUUGUAUAUUAUGAAUAGCAAAGAUACCAUCAUAAUAACUCUUGUUAAAAUAAGGAAAUCUUGUUUGGAGAUAAGUGGCCAUAUUACUAAAGGCCCUGGCUAAUGUUUUCAUCAAUUUAAGGUGCAAUUUCUAAAUUUAUAAGAGUAGGUUUAAAAAAAGUGCUUCUUAUCUUUGUUAACAUUGUAUUUUUUCUUGAUGUACUUAAGAGGUAUGUCUCUCUGAUUACUCAUAUUUAUGUUGUGAGCAUGUAGAAAAGUAAUGCUAAUGCAUGGCUAGUUGCCUUGAUAAGAUUGUGACACCAGGCUUAACUUUUAAAGAUUAGUAUAGAGACAAUUUUAACGGAAACAAUUACUGUGAACUACUGGAGAAUGAUCUUGUGAUUUAAGCAGUGGCUGGAUUGGAACUUUUAAUAUGCUAAUGUGGAAAAUAAUUACCUUUAUGAAGGUGGUAUCUUAAAAAUAAGCACACUAAUCCCCUCAGAAACUGUUUUACCUACUUUAAUGGAUUGCACCUCUGUAAACUAUUCCUAAAAUGUGUAUGAUAUAUUUGAAAAGGCUUUCAUUAAUAUAAUAGCUUGCUUGCAGCCUUUCAAUCUAUGUUGGUUUACCUGUAGUGUUUUCUAAAGUGUGGUCAGAGGCCACUAUAGAAUGUAUUGUUUGGAAGUGUAGUGAGACAUUUGUGUUUUUAUUUCAAGUAAGUCAUUUUAACUGAAUGUUCAUUCAUAGUCAUUCAUAUAACGUACCUGUAUCAAAGAAAUUUUAAAAAACAAUCAGUAUUACUGGACCAAAUUCGAUGUUUGUUUCAGCCUUGACUCUUCUUUUGAUUAUUUCUAAUGCUACAAGAAUGCUGUAAAGUGUCUUUUAAAACGAUAUAGCCUGACGAGACAUUUCUGUCAGUGUAUAAAUCUAGGUAGUAUUGUGCACUGACUUAACCAUUGUGAACUCCUUUCUCAGUGUAAGUGCAUUUCUAAUAAAACUUAUUCAGUGAAACAAUCUUUGUACAACUACUAAUCAUGCAUCAUCAGUACUUUUACAAGUUCUUGUAGUAGGUAGGGGGAUAUUAGAGUUAUCUGUGGCAUGAUUAUGCAUUCUGUAGUAUUAAUUUGCAGGGUUUUUUUUACACUGAGAUUAUCUUACUGGUUCAACAUUUUUUUUCUGAUAUAUGCAGUAUUACAGAUAUUCAGCAAAAGUAUUAAUGGGCUCUUUAAAUUCUAUAUUAUAGUGUUUCAGUUCUGUGUCUACAGUUUGUGAUGAUUUUUAAAGCUGUCUCCUAAAUUUAUGUAAUGAUGUUGACAAUUUGAUUUCUAGUAUUAGAGUUUGUAUUUUCACAGAGUGCUUUGUAGCAGGCAUUGCAAUUAAUCUGUUUUGUACAUAUUUGUGCCAACAGCUUGAUGGUGGCGUUUUUGAAAUGUAGAACAAAGUGCUUGCAAAAUGUAAUAAAUAUACUUGUGUACUUUGUGUACUUA